GCCAUCAUUUGCAACACAUCUUCUGGAACUCUCGUGAAUACAGUGCACAUGGUCGCCUGCGAAGGACAAAUCUAAGCAUGUCGGUUUCGCAACCCCCCGCACCACCAGUCGGUCCCAAUCCCACCGCGGACUCGAUUGCGGCCGUCCCCUCUGCGACGACAACGCAAGCUCCCGCGAAGCAGACAGACACCAAUGUUGCUUCCAUUCCAGCAAAGCCGUGGCAAUCCUCAAUGCAGCAUGGUUCUCACAACAGCCCUACUGGCCCGGCUUUUCAUCAGUUCUCUGCGUCGACGGAGGAGAUUAUCAAGCGCGUGAGCGCCAACGCCUCAGCCCGCGCUGGGACACCGGGAUAUCAAGCAGCGAGAGAACAGGUGCUGCAGAAGAUAGUCACCAGCGACAAAUUCCCAACGCCGUCGCCAAUUUCAGGUGCCAGCAAGCGAGGAAGAGGAGGCGCAAAGAGUGGUACUCCUACUGGAUUCAAGAGCGAUGUUGGCGCAAGCAGCGCUACACCCCAACCAAUGUCAACACCCGUAUCGGGAAGAGGAAGGGGCGGCGGCAGAGGAAGAGGCAGAGGGGGUGGCAGAGGUGGAAAGCGAAAGCGGGCAGAUAGUGACGACAGCGAGAACGACUCCGAUAUCUCAUCUUCAUACACGCCACUACCUACGCAGACUAAGUCUGGGCGCAAUGUGAAUAAACCGACCCAGUUCGUGCCCACAUUGCCAUCCCCCUCAACUGGAACAAAACGGCGGCGCCCGAACAAGAAGAGCGCUGAAGCCGCACUUUGUAAAGUAUGUCACCGUGGGACCAGUCCUACUAACAACAUGAUUGUGUUCUGUGAUGGAUGCAACACCGCCUAUCAUCAGUAUUGUCACGACCCACCCAUCGAGAUGGAAGUUGUCCAAAUAACCGAGAAGGAAUGGCUCUGUAGCCCCUGCACUCGGUCAAAGCAGAGUGCCGUUGAGGGAAUGGAUGGCCUCGUCGCGGGAGAAUAUUUGACUUUAGAGGAGAAACGUACGUACUUGAGAACGUUGACCCCAUCAGCUUUGGUCUCUCUUCUGUUACAUUCAAACAUAAUUCAUCCCACUCUCCCAAUAUUUGCUCCGGACGCCCGAUCUAUUAUCGAGAAUUCGACUCAAGCUCAAUCAAACGCGAUUCACACUGGCCUGAGCCCACAAGGGGUCAAUGGUCACCAGUCAACCAUAGGCAAAUCUCGCCCUACUGGUACUCCAGGCCUAUCGACAACAAAUGAAAAUUCUGACCUGGACCCAGCAGAGGCCCAGCUACAAGCAGAGAGUCAGCCCCUCGUAAGGGUUCCUGUUGCCCAGGAAGUCGAACCAGAGCCAUAUGACGGCUAUGACACAGACCCGCCAGCACACUAUCCCAAGGCUGGUAACGGUCUAGCGCGUACCAUGCGCCCAGAGAGCGAAGAUCUUCAAUGGCUCGUCGAUGACAAUUUCGAAGUCUUCAAUCACAACUGGAAGGGGGAGAAUGAGACUGGCGCUGCGAGUGGUGGUCUGCAGGCAUCGAACGGGGUCGAGGGGACUGGUGUUGCGCCGAGCGUGGGAGCAGGGGCAAAAGUUGCAAACAAUGGAUCUCAAUGAAGCUCUCGGAGCUCAUACAAGCUUGGGCCAUGGGACUUGGGAGCAGUCAUGGGUUUCAUAUGCGGCCCUUCCGCUGGUGUUUGGGGUCGGUUUUGGGGUGGAUCAUAAUGGUACUCACUUGGUGGUUUUUCCAUGGUUGUCUCUAAUUCAAUGAACAAGACACCGACUACUACUGUUAAUGGAGCAAGCUAUCAUAUGUCGCUUUGUUGAAACUUUCGAAUCUCCUGUGGGGUGUCUGUUGAGUUCAGCCGUCGGUUCCUACAGUCCCUUCCCAUAGAUAUCCGUACAUUUUCUUGCCACUGUCUAUAGAAACCGAGGGCAGCGGAUAGAAUAUCCCAAUCUGCAUACACCCUGAUGACGCUGUCUGGUCCCUUUGCUCUAGCUAUAUCAUUGGAUGCAGCAGAUUAAGGACUGGAUUUGCAGAUUGACCAAAUUGUCACAACUAUGCUUCGAACCAAU